AUGGAUUUCUUCAACAAUUUCUUAAAUCUUCUACUUCCACCAACAACUCUAAUAGCCUUCUUCUUAUUUCUCCCAAUUUACUUCUUUUUCAAGUCUAUCUCGUUCAUAAUAAGGUCCAUUUUUAGCGAAGAUGUCGCCGGAAAAGUUGUUCUCAUCACCGGAGCAUCGUCAGGGAUCGGCGAGCAUCUGGCAUACGAAUACGCUAGAAGAGGAGCUUAUUUGGCGUUGGUUGCCAGAAGAGAGAACCGACUCCGGGAAGUCGCCGCCGUGGCAGAGUCUUUAGGCUCACCCUGUGCUCUCGUAGUUCCGGCCGAUAUUUCAAAGAUUGAAGACUGUAAACGGUGUAUCCAAACCACCAUCACCCAAUUCCGACGACUGGAUCAUCUGGUAAACAAUGCGGGCGUAUCCAGCAUCAAUCUGUUUGAGGAAUACAACAACCUCCAAAAUGUAGUCCCGGUAAUGGAUGUAAAUUUCUGGGGAAUGGUAUAUUGUAGUUACUAUGGGAUUCCAUACCUGAAACAAAGCAGAGGGAAGAUUAUCGGAAUCGCUUCCGCCGCUGCAUGGCUACCUGCGCCUAGGCUCAGCUUCUACACCUCGAGCAAAGCAGCAGUGAUAAGUUUCUACGAGACACUGAGAGUGGAGGUUGGAAGAGAGAUCGGAAUCACCAUCGUCACGCCGGGGCUGGUGGAAUCAGAGAUGACACAGGGAAAAUUCAUGUCCAAAGAUGGCCGUUUAUACCUCGACCAACAACUCAGGGAUGCUACGGUCAGCAUUAUGCCGAUCAUGCCGAUUGACGACGCAGUAAAGGGGAUCUUAAGGAGUGUGUGCAGGGGAGAUGGGUACGCGACGGAGCCGCGGUGGAUGAGGAUGGCAUUUUACUAUAAGACGCUGUGGCCUGAGUUAGUGGAGUGGUUUAAUUACUUGGUUGCUAUGUCUGGAUCAUCAAAUUCUCCCACUGAUACUUUUGGGAAAAGGCUGCUUCAGCUCAGUGGGUUGAAGAACUUGUUUUAUCCGGAGUCGGUUCGAUCCCCGGAAUUGGACCUCAAAUCCAACUGA